AUGGACACAAUAUAUGGCAAAAACUCGGAUUCAAAACACGAUAAGAUUGUGGACACUAAUCUCAUUAUACCAUUGGCUGGCAAUGAUUUCUAUAGAAUCGGUUUAUCAUUAUUUCCUUUCGGUUCAUCGAAACGAAAACUAUUUUACAAUCCAUUCCUCGUAUUCGUUACUGUUAUCGGGUUUUCACUUAAAAUAUUGGUCUCAAUAUUUAUGAUCGACGACCAAAGCGACCCCCGAUUAGCCCUUAUAUUAGGCGAUUGGCAAUUCUUUCUGCCAAAACAGAUACGAUAUCACAUAACAAUCGCUCAACUCUUGUACGGCUUCACAGCGAUUGUCACACAACUGAUCCACUUCUGGUAUUACGCCAACGAUAUAAGUCCUAAGUAUUUGAAACCGUUUCAAAUGGCGAGCGGUUUGAUGUCCCCUAAAGACAUAGGGCUGACCCACACCACAGAUGUUCACGCAUUGCUUCGACAGAUAAACCUAACGUUAAAAUGUACUGAAUUUCUACGACAAACAGCUAUACCGUCGGCUAUACUGGUGUCGGGCGUACCCCUCGCCAUGAAUGCCACGUUCGGUGAGUUUGUAUUUCUGGUCAUUCCCGGGGUAUUUAUUUAUACGUGUUAUGUGUUAUUCAGCGCCGGUUUUCUCGUCUAUCAAAUCGCAUACUUUCAUAUCAUUUGCUUUUAUCUAAGACUCAAACUCAAGCGAAUCAACCAUAAGCUGAGAAAAGUGUUGAUGUCGUCCGAAAUGACAAAUAUAAACAUUUUUGGGAACUUGAAUGCAAUUCAUAAGGAGAUCAUUGGAUGUAAUGAUAACUUUUGGAGUGAAUACCUGCUGUGGAUCUUCCUACAUCACCCCAAGGAUCAGUUGCGGACAAUACACGCCUAUAACAGCCAUCGCAGUCACGACAUGACGGACGUGAACGUGGAUCAGAUGCGCGGCAUCUUUGAUAACUCACAGCAUUUGCAUAAAUCGCAGAAAUGUUUGUCACAAAUGCAAGACUUGUACCACAAAUACGCGGACUCCGAAGAGCUGUUGUCGGACUUCGCGGCCGAACUCCGGAGAGACAUAUUGUUUACGUUGAACUGCGACCCGAAGAGUCCGUUCACGAAACACACCAUUGAAUUCGUGGCCAACUUUUUGCGCUCAUUUUCGGCCCCUAAACAGCCCGAAGACACCCGACUGGAGGACACGACUACCACCGCAGCCAAUGGCGACGACACGACCGCCACCGACGCCGACGACACUAUUAUUGACGAAGAGAUGGCGGCGGACGACGAGUCGAGCGCCGAUCGCUCGGAUCAGGAGAACAGAGCGCCGGCCGACGACAGCCUUAACGACGAGUUGGGCGUCGAGUCGUUCGGCAGUGAGUCCUUCUCCCGACGCGCGCGCAAAGACCAGUCGACAAUCGGCGCCAACACUACCACCGCCUCAUCCAUGAACUACACGUCCGCCACCGCCGAUGGCGCCAAAGAAGAUCCCACUUUCGCCGAUAUGAUCAUCAAAGACCAGUUG